GCCGAUAAAUUCACACGUGUAUAAUCCAGUUCGGAUUUUAAAAAUUCUACCGUAAUAAUAUAGAGAAACUUUAAAAAUGGAAUCUUUAAAUUUUGAACUUGGAAUAUAUUUAAAGAUAAUAGUAAGUGGCGCCACCUACGGCGUUGACGCCGUCCCGCUCUUGAGGCGAGGGCGUGUCCCUAGGGCGCCUCCCACAGUCCGCGGGGACGGACGGGGCUCGCCGAAGCCCGGGCACUCGGCGGCGCGCUCCCGCGACGCUUGUUAGUGUUCCGCAAAUCCACAGCGGGAUCGCCCGCACAACCGGGACUCGAUCCCAGUACGCACAUACGAUAAUACAGAGCCGCCUACCGGAUAGUUAUACAGAUAGUUACGCCAUAACUGAAGUUUCAAUAUCGGAAUUUCAUUUUAUAACAGAACAAACUAAACUUUUAACUUUCAUCAAACAGUGAUACGAACAUUGUAAUUGUGUUAGAAGUUUUGUUUUUUUUAUUUUUAAUAUGUUUAUGAUAUUUUAACGGAUGAUGUAUCGAACAUAAUAAGAAUUGAAAUAAUUACUUUGACAGAGUAACGUCUAGAAAUCUUCAAUUUUGUGCGUUCUUGGUUCAAACGCGAAUUGCAAUUAAAACGUAACUUUUGAACUUCGCAAUUUUCCGUUGGUGGUCGUGCGCUUUCGGGCGCCUGAUUCCGGGUUCGCGUAGUGUUUCGAGAUUCGGUCGGACGAGUUAAACGCGGCGGCGGGCGGGUACACGGGCUCGCCGUGGCCGCCGCUAGAACUAGACCCCGUGGGAUGGGGUCGAAAGCUGUACCCAUCGGGGGCACCGAGGUCUUCAGGUGGGCUCAUGUUCGGCCUCCAUCAUCAGGAGGCUGCUGGUGGACUUCACGCGCAGCCUCGAGGACCCGUCACCUCUUUGAAAGAGGAGCCUCUGACGCGUGCGUGGAUGACACCUACCUCACUAGUUGAUAAUACCAAUAGCGUGGGUGUGGGUCGAGCGCACUUCGAAAAGCAACCGCCCAGUAACCUGCGCAAGAGCAACUUCUUCCAUUUCGUGGUGGCGUUGUACGAUCGAGCCGGUCAACCCGUCGAAAUCGAGAGGACCGCCUUUAUCGGCUUCAUUGAGAAGGAUCAGGAAGCCGAGGGUCAGAAGACAAACAAUGGAAUUCAAUAUAGACUGCAGUUACUUUACGCAAAUGGUAUUAGACAAGAACAAGAUAUUUUUGUUCGACUCAUAGAUUCCGUAACGAAACAGCCCAUCGUUUACGAGGGACAAGACAAAAAUCCAGAAAUGUGCAGGGUUUUACUUACACACGAAGUUAUGUGCAGUCGGUGUUGUGAUAAGAAAAGUUGCGGCAACAGAAACGAAACGCCAUCAGAUCCUGUUAUAAUUGAUAGAUUCUUUCUCAAGUUCUUUCUAAAGUGCAACCAGAAUUGUUUGAAGAAUGCCGGCAAUCCACGAGACAUGAGAAGGUUUCAAGUGGUAAUAUCAACACAAGUGAUGGUGGACGGGCCCCUGUUAGCGAUAUCAGAUAAUAUGUUCGUUCACAAUAACAGCAAACACGGCCGACGAGCAAAGCGACUAGACCCCACUGAAGGUAUUGACGGCGCGCCAGAGCCUACUUCUGGUCUAUACCCUCCCUUGCCGGUAGCAACGCCGUGCAUCAAAGCGAUAUCACCAAGUGAAGGAUGGACUUCAGGCGGUUCAACAGUCAUAAUAGUUGGAGAUAACUUCUUUGACGGACUGCAAGUUGUUUUUGGAACGAUGCUUGUUUGGAGUGAGCUGAUAACGUCACACGCAAUAAGAGUACAAACACCACCGAGACACAUACCAGGGGUCGUUGAAGUAACGCUUUCUUACAAGAGCAAACAAUUCUGCAAAGGAGCGCCAGGAAGAUUUGUCUAUGUUUCAGCUCUCAACGAGCCUACCAUAGAUUACGGGUUUCAGAGGCUACAGAAGCUUAUACCGAGACAUCCUGGUGAUCCGGAAAAGUUACCAAAGGAAAUAAUUCUAAAGAGAGCAGCUGACCUGGCCGAAGCCCUAUACUCUAUGCCUCGUAACAACCAGCUAGGGCUGGGCGCACCUAGGUCGCCACCAGCCAGUAUGCCCUUCAAUUCAUAUACUGGACAAUUAGCUGUUAGUGUUCAGGACACCGCAGCGUCGCAGUGGACUGAAGAGGAGUACGCGCGUAGUGGCGGCUCCGUGUCGCCGCGGUACUGCUCCGCCGCGUCCACGCCGCACGCCGCGCCCGCGACCUACCCACACCCGCAGCACUACCCCGCGCCGCCCACCUCACUAUUCAACACUACCUCGCUGUCUCUUGGCCCGUAUCAUCCAGCCAACAUGAAUAGAAAUUUGUCAUCUGACCAUCACUAUAACGCGUAUAAUACGGAAGAUAGCGGACAUUACAGUGAAAGAAAUGUGAAUUCUAAGAGCAUGGCCGACUGUCCGGCAAAUACUCAUACAAAAUGCACUGGCAGCGAUAUGAAAGGGCCACAGAGUAAAGAGAGUAAACAGAGAAGCGCUUUUGCUGUAGUGAGACAGAGUCCGCCAAGGGUUGCCAAUGUUCAACACCAUCCGAAUUGGCAACAUCUCGCCGUUCAGUGAAUGAGCGGCCUUGUUUCAUCUCCAUUCAGUGUGAAUCCAUUCUCUUUGCCAACGUGCAGCGCCCAACAGUACGCCCAGACAGCCCCUCUCGCUUCCAAGUAGCCCUCGUUUUACUACACCGCGACCGCAUUAAAUGUUACUGGUUAGUUUCUGUUCGUCAUUUAUCUGUGCAAAUAUUUUGUUGAUAAAUUUAAAUUUAUAAAUUAUUAUUAAAUUUAAAAAUAAUAAUCUUUAAAACCACAGACAUAGAUAAUGAUUGACAACGCAGUACCUAUGUCUUUCAUUAUAGUCUUAUUUUUUAUAUUGCUAAAUAAUAAAUAUUGCUGUUGGCAAUAAUAAUAAUAAAUAUUUGUAAUCACAAACCAAAUCGUAUCAGAAAUAUUACUUACGAUCUCAUUUUUUAUUUCUUUAAACUUUUUCAGCAUAAAUAUUAGGUAAGAAUGAACGAAAUAAAAUUUAAUUGGAAAUUAAGAAUUAAUCGAUUUUUAACAAUUUUUAUCAUGUUAUCGAUUAUUUCAUUUAAAAUUAUAAUUAAAUCAGUAAGGGCUCUAAAGUAUUGAUUAUUCAUUUGUUUCUUUUUCUUUUAAAUUGUAAUAAAUAAAAGUUAUAAAUUUUUAUAAAGUUUAAAAAAACAAAGAAUAUCGCGGCGUGUGUAGGUAAAUGUAUAUAUCACUUAUUGUAAUUUAAAUGUAAAUAAUAGAAAUUAUUAUUAUUAUAUUAAUAGUUCGAUUGCUAGAUCGGGUAUAGUGUAGAUUUUUAUAAAUAUGAAGCCCAAUGAAAUAUUAUGUCUUGCUGCGACAACGAAAAUGCUCAGGGCGAAACAACUCUACAUCAGAACUAUAUGUAAAAAAAGUUAUAUUUAUCUAAUUAUAAUUGUAUCUUCCUUUUGCAAUUUGUAAGUGUGUUUUGUAAUUUUUGUUUUUGUACAAUCUGUGAUAUAUUUAUUGUAAGUACUGUUGUAAAUUUUAUUCUAAUGUAUAAAUUUUUUGAAAUCUUAAACUUGACUAGAGUUAAGACGAAUUGUUUCCUCACUGCUUGGUUUCUCGAUUUACAACGGAAAAUAUGUAACGAUCAUAUCUCGAAACGGAACAUAUCUAUAUGAAUUAAAUAGAAAACUAUGAGAGUAUUAUGUAAGGGUACAACGAAAAAAUAAAUCUCACUUCGAAAUGAAGAAAGAUGUAUACGAAAUAUAAAAAUAAAUUUUCUCCCAAGAACACUUUACUUGGAUUUUCACGGAAUCCGUUUUCGAGGCGAAUCUCCCUGAAUAUGAAAUAUGUAGUCACGUAUAUUGUUUAACGCAGUUAUUGUGUAUCAAAUAAGAUAUGUACAUUGUAAUCGUUCAUGAAACAAACUAUCACGAAGUACGAAAUUAAAUAACGUAAAUAAUUAAUUA